CCAUUUCCCAGUAAGAAAAAGAAGCGUCAGUAACCUAGACACGCCGAAAAACCCAACAGCAUCUCUUCUCCGAUCGGCCGAUCCGUCGACAAGAGUGAGAGAUACAGAUUACAGUCACACCAUCACCAUGAGUGCGGCAGUUCGGAGAACCGGAGGAUUGUUCGAAGGACUAUACAAAGUCCUUAUGCGCCGUAAUUCUGUCUACGUCACUUUCGUCAUCGCCGGUGCUUUUGUCGGUGAACGGGCAGUUGACUAUGGAGUUCAUAAACUUUGGGAGAACAACAACAUUGGGAAACGUUACGAGGACAUUUCUGUUUUGGGACAGAGGCCAACCGAAUAAAGUGGGCAUCAUAUGUGAUUGUUUCUUCCUGUUUUUGGGAUAUUCAAAAGGACAAAUUUUAUGAUGAAUGUUGAUAAUAAGUGUUCAUUAUUUUGGAUCAAACUGGUUGUGGCAUUCCUAUCCCCCACUCCAGAACUAGAUCCUUCAACUUUGCAGAGAAAGCCAAUUCUCAUUAUUUUGCUUAAAUUUUACUCUGUUUUUCUUACCAUCUUGUAAUGAUGUUUGUGUAUAAUUAUACACCAUUUGCUUCCAACAUUUGUGGAGGGAAUGAAAGAGGAGGGUGUUGCUC